ACAGUAGCUAUGUCUUGGGUUGAUGUAGUAGAUGAGUCAACGCGUAAUCUCACGCACCCAACUCGUCCGCCUCGACCCACCUACAUACCACCCCACCUCAGGCACACCUACAACAAUGCCGUCUCUCAUCUCAACUACGAUCACCCUUCCUCUUUUAACUUCCCUACCCACCCAACACCUUCUCGCCCCCGUUUCAACCCAAAUGAACACGGUCGUUCCUCUCGGACACGUGGCGGUGGCCGUGGACGCAACUCAUUUUUGGGCGGCCCAAACCCAAACUCAUUUGACAUCGCUGACAAGUUUGAGAAAGUAGAGGUAACAGAAGAUGAUCAAUGUAAUGAUAACGCAAUCAACUUUGACGCAUAUGAGGAUAUACCAGUGGAGGCUAGCGGCUCGGACAUACCAAAACCGGUAUCGAGUUUUGUUGAGAUUGAUUUGUGUGAAGCUUUGCAGCAAAAUAUAAAGAGGUGUAAGUAUGUGAAGCCAACGCCCAUUCAGCGCCACGCCAUACCAAUAGCCAUUGCUGGGCGUGACUUGAUGGCGUGUGCGCAGACAGGGUCGGGCAAAACGGCUGCGUUUUGUUUCCCGAUUAUUUGUGGGAUUAUGAGAGACCGUCUUAAACUGGUCGUUCCUGGUGGUGGUAUGGUCAAGGUUGCUUACCCGACUGCUCUUAUUUUAUCUCCUACCAGAGAGUUGUCUUGUCAGAUACACGAUGAGGCGAACAAGUUUGCUCACCGCACAGGGGUCAGGAUUGUUGUCGCUUAUGGAGGGGCGUCCAUCGGUCAACAGUUCCAUAAUUUGGAAAAGGGUGUUGAUCUCUUAGUUGCUACUCCUGGACGAUUGGUGGAUAUGAUUGAGAGAGGAAGAGUUUCUCUUAAAAUGAUUAAGUAUCUUGCUUUAGAUGAGGCUGACAGAAUGUUGGACAUGGGAUUUGAGCAUCAGAUAAGGAAGAUUGUCGAGCAAAUGGACAUGCCGCCCCCGGGGGCAAGGCAGACAAUGCUUUUCAGUGCUACAUUUCCGGAUGAGAUUCAGAGACUGGCAUCUGAUUUUCUGUCGGAUUACAUAUUUCUAACUGUUGGAAAAGUUGGUUCUAGCAUUGAUUUGAUAGCACAAAGGGUUGAAUUUGUUCAGGAUAUGGACAAAAGAAGCCAUCUCUUGAAUCUUCUUUGUUCUCAGAAUCCUAAUAGAACUCGUGACAAGCCAUCCUUAACGCUAGUAUUUGUGGAGACGAAGAGAGGAGCAGAUGCAUUAGAACACUGGUUAUUGAUGAAAGGUUUUCCAGCUAUAGCAAUACAUGGUGACAAAGUACAAAGGGAGAGGGAGCGAGCACUCAAGUCUUUUAAAAGAGGCUCCACUCCAAUUUUAGUAGCAACAGAUGUUGCUUCACGGGGUCUGGACAUACCACGCGUUGCCCAUGUGAUCAAUUUCGACUUGCCGAAAGCCAUCGAUGACUAUGUUCACAGGAUAGGCCGCACUGGCCGUGCUGGUAAUUCGGGCUUGGCCACUGCAUUCUUCAGUGACAAGAAACUGCCACUAGCAAAGCCACUAGUUGAACUAAUGAACGAAGCAAAACAGGAAGUUCCUUCUUGGCUGAGCGAGUAUGCUGAGAAUUCUCCUUGUGGUGGCCGUGGUCAAGGCAGCAGGUAUGGACAUAGCAACAAAUUUGGUGGCUAUGACUUCCGAAGAAGUUCCAUUCCUUCUAGUGCGGUUGGUUAUAGUGAGUAUUAUGGCGUUGAUAGUUCUACUCAAGCUGCUGAUAAUUCUGCUACUGCUAACGGUGAAUUCUAUGCUGUUGGUUAUAAUACUGAGUAUUGUUCUACUCAAGCUGCUGAUAAUUCUGCUACUGCUCACGGUGAAUUCUAUGCUGUUGAUUAUAAUACUGAGUAUUGUUCUACUCAAUCUGCUGAUGAUUCUGCUACUGCUCAUGGUGAAUUCUAUGCUGUUGAUUAUAAUACCGAGUAUUAUGCUCUUCCAGCUAAUUCGGAUGCUUACCCUUAUCUCAAUGUUGGGUCAGUGGUUGCCAGUGGUUGGGAUUAGGGCUGCUAUCUAUCUCACGUCUGGAGGUAGAUUUGAUAUACACAGCUUUUGAAAUUUGCAUUUUGUAAGAGUCUAAAGGGAUGCUUGAAUAUUUGUAGCAUUUUGUAAAAAAUAGGUGGUUUCUUACUCUGAAGAUAUUCUCUCUAUGUUUGGAAGGUUAGACACUGUUAAUUCUUCUGCC